GAGCAAUCCUCUGACAACCACCAUGUCCGCUAAGUUCAUCCUCCCGCUCUUCAGCCUCUUUACUCUCUAUGCGAUCUGGUACUAUGCUGAAGUGAACGGCCUCCUCUCCCUUGCAAGGGAGAGCAUCGCGCGCAACACCCUCCCUGGCAGUGAUGCACCGCUUCGGACUACCUACACCGGUCUUCCUCAGUUAGACUCCCUGCUUACCACUUUGACUACCUUUUUUUGGCCCACCACUGAUGGAAGUCACCCCGCCCUGACCCUCCACACUCUUGGUUUUGCCGGAACAUUUGGGUCCGCCUGGAUUUUGAUCACUCUGGAAUCCUGGAGGAGGGGUAAUGCCUGGACACUUGCUGCCUACCCCCUGAUCUUUGGCCUCUCCGCUCAAACUCUCACCUUUGCCUUCGCAGCGCCGCUCUACUGCGCCUUGCAGCUCUCUACGUCCAUUACAUCCCAUGCCCCUACCGCAGUGAAUGUCCACAUUCCCCGCUCCGUCCUCUAUGCGCUGCCCUGGGUAUUUGCAGUCUCCUACGUGCUUCCCAGCACGCUUAUGAUUCUCCCCAUUUCUGAAACCAUCACCACCGAUCUGAAACAGAUCUUCAUAGCCCUCUGGCAACCGUUCCCGGCCUAUAUCUCGAUCCUUUUGACGGUCAUCAAUGCCGUUUUGUCACCCUUUAUUAGCGUGGAUAAAACCGGCCGGAAAGACCACCACGCCCUUCGCUUCGUCUACGCAUUUGCGUUUGCGCACACAGCCAUCACGCACCUCGUCACCUGGACGAUAUCACUGAUUACUGUCUUGGCCCCAGCCAUUCUUGAUGAACGCUUCCGAGGAGAGCUGCACCCGAGCAUUGUGUUCGGGAUCCCGACGCCGUGGACAUCGCCCGUAGUGCAGGUUCAGAGUGUCGCAGAGGGGGUGCAUGCUUUUCUGCGAUGGGACUACCUGAUUGGAUCGGUCGGGAUGGUGGUUUGGGCGGGCGCACUGUAUGCGGGAGCGCAGAGGGUGGUGUAUGGGACAGUCGGGUGGUGGCGGUUGAUUGUGCAGGUGGUCUUGUUGACGUUGGUUGCUGGGCCGGUGGGUGCAGCGGUGGGAUUGGUAUGGGAGAGGGAUGAGCUGGUGGAGACGGGCAUGAAGAGGGUUUCAGAAAAGGCGAGGUAAACUCUUGGUGGUUGAGGUAUGAGUGGCCGGAGGGUCGAAGUAAACUUCGAAUAUGCCUAUCCCCAGUCAUAACUCAAUAAACAUGAAUGAGGGCCCAGAGGUCUUGGACGAGCUGAGACAUAGGAAUUGAGUCAACAGACACUCAUUGCGAGACAAUUGAGGGGACCUCUUGGGUAGGCCCAACCUCUGGAGAGGCCCGCGGAGCAUGCUUCCUUCAUGGGAAGUCCUAGGACGGAACAGUUGC